AUGUUCAAAAAUCUAUCGAAGUUCAAAAACAUUCAAUGUUCAAAAUCAUUUGUCUCAUCAUUUAGAAGCUUUAGCAUUACAACGAAUCGUUCAUUAGUCAAAAAAAUAACGACUUCCAACUCACGAAUUCCUGCAAAUAGUUGUAAAUUAAGUUUAUGUCAACGAGCAUAUUCCAGAAGUACAGAGGGUGAAGACCUUGAAGGUAAAAUUGAUAACAUACUGAAUCAAGAAUAUAAUAACAUAUCAGAUGAGUAUCUUGAUAAACUAGCUGAAUCAUUAGAAAACUUAAAUGAAGAAUAUGAACAAGUCGAUGCAGAAUUAAGUCAUGGUGUAUUAACUUUACAAUUACCACCUCAUGGAACUUAUGUUAUAAAUAAGCAACCACCAAAUAAGCAAAUAUGGUUAAGUUCACCAAUAAGUGGUCCUAAAAGAUAUGAUUUAAUUGAAAGUAAAUGGAUAACUUUAAGAGACGGCAGUUCUUUAACUGAUUUAUUAGAAAAUGAAAUUUCUACUGCAUUAGAUAUAGAAUUUAAAUUCAAAGAUUUAAAUAAUUAA